GCAGCUCCGCCACUCGCCUGCCUCGUUACCUCUAGUGAGGCGGACCCGCCGAGCCUGGCGGGUGCCGCUUCAGGAACGAGGACGCCAAACCCACCCCCCACAACCGCCAUUCUGAAGCCACCAUUUUGGCGGCCGCCCCGCGCCGUCCCGCCGCUGCCUGGGCGGAGCUCCGCGCGGUGCCGCCCCCUGGUCCCGCCGCGGCCUGGCCGAGCAGAUGGAGGCCGCAGGCAGCGGUGCAGCGCCGGGCUGCAUCGAUCUGCACGAUUUCAGCGGGCAAUUGGGCGAGCAGCGGGUGCACUUCCACGCCAUGCGGCUGCAGGACUCGCUCUUCCUCUGGGUGGGCGCCGCGCCCGCCCUGUCCAGCCUGGCCGUGGCUAUGUGCAGCCCCCGGGACAGCGUGCCCGUGUCCACCUCGCUGCUUGGGGACCCCUCCGACACCGCCUCCGCCUGCCUGGCCCAGCGCCUGGCCAAGAAGACCAAAAAACAGGUAUUUGUCAGCUACAAUCUGCCAAACACAGACAGCAGUUUCACCUUACUGAUAGAAAACAGGAUCAAGGAAGAAAUGAUGGCUUUUCCUGAGAAGUUUUGACUUUGCAUCAUUGUAAACUAACUGGAAGUUUUUGUUUCAGAAGAACUGAGUGCAGUUUUCACACUGCCAUUAAGCGGUGUGCUUGUUUUGUAUUGCAUUGGUUGAAUUUGCAUUUGUUAUUAAAUGUAGCUGACCUAAAUACAGUUGGACCUGGAGCUUUUUUACCUCAGAUUUGCUACCCUGCCAAGCUGGGGACAGGUUGGUCGAGUAGAAAGGUGCUGCCCUGUAAGGACAUUGCUGCAGAAGCACGUACAACGUCUGGCCUGCUUCCUCUGCUGGGAAAGCAGUGCCAAGUUGAAGCAACUUGAAUGUGGCAGAGCAGCUUUUAGUUGUUUGUAUGAACACCUGUGAGGGUACCAGAGAGCACUGUCUCUUGUUUCAGGGGAAAAUGAUGGUAAUAGCUGAAAUGGGGACUAUUAGAAUGAAACCACUUGUUUUUUAUAUUCAACAGCUGUAAAAUACAACAAACAUUACCUUGCUCUGUCACCUUAGUUGCUGCUGUACUAGCACUAAACACUGAAUUUCCUUCCAUCUUCUGGACGCUGGGAGGCUUUCACAAAGGGUUUUCUGUAAGCCCUGACAGCGAUGUAGAGGGAAAAAGCACAGCUUGACUUCUGGAGCAGUGGGUAAGUCUGCCAGCUGCUAGGAGAACAUCAUGUGUACAAAUUGAACAUACUCAUUGGAAAAAUCAGAGCAGUCAAUACCCCCACCACUGCUAGGCAUUCUGUUGCUACAGCUCUAGACUUGCUUCUUGCUAGGAUAUCCUUUCAAACGCAAAUCCCCCUGCUAUUUUGUUCAACAAAAGGGGCAGAUUAAAAUUAACUGUGUGAAAAAAACCCCAAACCCCCAAACACACCACAGAGCCACUGGUGUAACGACUGUUUGUAGCUGUCAAUACAUGCUGUGCUGUUGAGCAGUACCUACUCUUCACAGCUAUUUUAGGAACACUGAGCACAGCAACCUGAUGAGCAAAUGGAGUAUUUUUCUUUUUUACUGCAAGUUGAGCCCUGACUCAAACUUCUGAUGCAAUUGAAAACUCCAGGUUCACCGAAGAUUGGUGAGUGCUGUUGCAUUACAGUCAGCCUCCAGUUGUCUGAAGAAGCUGGAACGUCCAUGGCUGCAGACCUGCUAUCAGCACUGCACGAUCCAUGUGGCAGCACUGGGCCCGUUCUUACCUGGUAGGCACAGCCACCAAUGCUUGGCUGCAGUUCAGGAUCACGGCAGCAAAAGCAGCUGUUGGAAGUGAUUUUAAUUUAUACAGCCUGGGAAGCAGUCAGCUGUUCUUCAGUGACUGAAUGCAAAGGAUAAUUAGUUGCAAAUCAACGUGUGGAUUUAAUUAGCCUGAAUUAAAAUCGGUUCAUUCUGUUUGUGGAGGAUCAAAAGCCACGGUGAGGGAGACAGACCACGGAAGGCAAACCGAUGGGACAACAUCUUUUUAUUCUGUACAUUUACAUACAAAGUUUCUCAGUAGGUACAACGGAUGUAACAUCAUGCAGACACUUAGCUUGUAAGACUGUUUUCAGUACUCGAUUUAAGCUUGUGCUAUGAGGAAGCACCACCAGACUAUUCAUGAUCAAAACAUACAGUAACACGAUUCUUUAAAAUUUCAUCAGAAACCGCGAUGGGGAGGGAAGUCUCACCCACACACAUGACACACUGUUACUCCUUUCCCAAAACAUUUUACACAAUACAUUUAAAAUGAGGUUUGUCAUUUGUCUUAAAAAAAGUUACAGUGGGGGAGAUGAUCCCACACUUAAUAGUGUUGUCUUAUGUGCCAGCUACAGGCGCAACUUGACUUGACAUUCACAGAGUUCAUUUAAUGGCACUUCUGCUUCCAAUUUGGUGACCUUUAGUGUUUGGCUCCAGGAAGUGGCAACAGUUAAGCAAAAUACUUCCAUUAAAGCAAAACAAAACAAAACCAACAACCAUACAACAAGCGUGCUCACCGAAAUUGCAAGGUAAAUCAGACAGAACCCGCUCACAGGUGCCAGAAAACACCUCCAAACAGAUGACAGCUUUCUCCAUGCUGUCUGUAUCUGUCUGUAGUGUGUCAGACACAAGCAUUACGGAAACCUUAAAAGGGAAGACAACAAAGAUGAAGCAUAAUGCCACUUUCACGUUUUUCUUUAAAACGGGAAAGAAGGAAGAAAGCCCUUGAAUGGUAAGCCAGAAGAAAAAAAUCCAUGGAUGGGCUUAGGGGUUACUGAAGGCUCGCAGAAAAGGGCUGACGUGGACAGGACAGGACAGGACAACUCGGAGCGCUUCCUGCACUGUGGUGGCCAGAAACGGCCGUUGCAGAAGAGCAGCUCCUGGCCGUGGCUGCAGAGCAGGAGGAGGAGCCCACAGCUGAGCGACAAGGCACCGAGUGUCUGCCUGUGGCCACUGCUCUGCCGAGCUCUCCCACACCAGAGAAGCUUAAAAGCUUUCCAGCUACGAGUGUGGGGAGAAGGAAACAAAAACAGAAGAAAGCACACAGAACUGUUCAUCCUUUCAGGAGAAGGUGCAAAAUGAGCUACUGAUCUUGUGUUCUAUUAUCGUGACGGAGGCGGAGGGCCAAACUGGCCUGAGAAGCUGGGACUCCCCACGUUUUAGAUCAGUACCGAGUAUCUGUUUACAGGCAAACAAAAAAAGCCUGCAGUAAUUCACAUCACUUUUUAAAGAACUAACGACAACAAAAAGCGCCAAAUAUUCCUGUCACCUUGUGUUCAUUACAUAAACGUUGAUAUGUUUAAACGAGCAUUCUCUUCCCUGGGCCUGCCUGUCCUCAGAGAGCAAACACCACGAUAGGAAACGAUAAAGCGCUGUGGACACCAGCAGUGAGCACACUGGGACCGCUGACGGUGCUGGAAGCAGCCAGCUGUGGGAAGGGGCUCCAAGAGCCGUACCGCAGCUUGAGUGCACACACAGAGACCUUUGCUAUUCCCUUCAAACUUGUUCUGCCUCCUCAAUUUCCCUUGUGAACCCACUUCUUCCCCCCAGUGCGUGUGGCUUGCCACAGAAUUCUUAUGCUGAAGGUGAGAGGUAUUGCACAAAUUUGGCACGUGGAUACUGUGCGGACUUGAAAGGCCUUGGGUUUUCCUUAGGUGAGCACAGAUCGUGGAAGUCAGCACAGAACAGAAAGAGGGAAACGGCCACUCUCAAGCUGGGCAAUAAAACUUUGGUGUAAGGAAGAUCAGGCUCUUGCCGUCACAGCAAGUCUAGCAAAGAUGAAAAAACAGUAGUGUAAUUUUGGGCAAAAUCAGCAUCAACUGGUCCAGUGUUUUGUACCGGGCUCAGGAAGAACCCAAAUGUCCACAUCCUCUGUACAAAAAUUAGUAGCUUUAGGACAACAUUGCUAUUCUGAACACGACAAACUCUGUCGCUUCUGCAGGUCUGCCUGUCCUCCUGCUCGGCAGUUAUCUGAGCUGUGCUGUGCACCUCAGUGCCUGCUGUGGCAGCACCUCUCUGAUUUACUGGGGACUGGAAGAGGACAUCAGCAGCCUAGUGGGGGAUGGAAAUUGUUAGGUUCAGUAGUUAGUAGACAAUAUAUAUACAGCAAAGGAGGAAGGGGGAGGGCAGGUAGAGGAGGAAAGCGCAAACAAGCGCUUUCCGUGCUUGCAAACGCAAGAUGUACAUCAAACAAAGUGGCAAUCAUAUGGACACGCAAUACAACAUCAACAUCCUGCUGCUCUGUUUGUUCAAACAUCUGCACUACUGUGCAAUCACAAAUGGAUGGCCUGAGUGGAAAAGAGGGAGGGAGAGGAGAGAGGUUAAUGACAAUGCAAGAAAGCUGUUUGUUUACAGUGUCCUUGCAUUGAACUGGAUCCUCACAGUCAUCACACAGCAAGAAUCAAAAGCCGAUGGCCAACGCAAGGAGUUGGUUUGGAGUCCAGAGGAAGGACAUCAAGUGGCCGUGAUGGAUGUGCUAUCCAUACAGUACGUGACAAUUCGGAUGUUCACUUUCUUUAGUGUAGCAGAGUGGGAUUGACCCAAUUCUUUUUUUUCUUUUUUUUUUUUUUUUUUCCUUUUUU